AUGGAAAAUGAGUCGUUGUUAGCAUCCCUCCGGACGGAGCGAAUGGAGUUGUUGUUAGCAUCUCUCAAGUUAGAGAAGAUGGAGAUACCAAGGGCAUUGCUUAAUUCGAAGGGGAUGGAUAUGUUGUUGGAGAUAGGGGAUGAAGCUAUUGUAGGUGUCUUUCAAGUUAGAGGAGAAGGAGCUACUAGCAUCCUUGAAGUUAAAGGGGAUGAAGAUACUAUUGGUGUUGCUCAAUUUGAAGAGGAAGGAGUUACUAGGGCCCCCCAAUUUGAAGGAAAAUGUGUUAUUGUUAGCAUCCCUCAAGAUAGAGGGGAUGGGGUUGUUGUUGGUGACUCUCAAGUUAAAGAAGAUGGAGAUGCUAUAGGCAUUGCUCAAUUUAAAAGGGAUGGAUAUGUUGUUGGAGCCGUUGACACCAUUAAUUGA